AAAUAUCCUGUUGUGUCUGUCAAUUCCAGCCCAAGACCCCCACCCGGCCCAGCCCUUGCCCACUCCCAGGCUCCCAGGACAGUCAUACACUUGGCCUCUGUGAUGCUCUGUGGACUGGCUGGGGGGGGUGGGGGUACGCACAGUCUGAGGACACACUGGAAUAUUCAGUGUGUGCUCCGUGGAAGCAGACCCAGCUGGAAAAGCAGCCUACCCCACAAAGGACCCCUCAGGAAUGAAGCAGCUUUUCAGGUUCACAGGCGUUGUGGGCUCGCUUGCUCUCCUUAAAUAGCCAAGCCUCCCUCCUGCAGCUACAAGGAGUCUACCUGGAGCACCUUCCACUGCUGGCUCACAGGCUGCCUGCUUCCUGUCCUUUCCCUCCUGGAUCCUCUGUGAGAGGUAAGGGGAAGGGAGGGGAGCCUCUGGGGACUCAGCAGAGGUGACGGGGUAGAGACAGCAUCCAGUCCCACCGGGCCCUGAGCUGUUUGACAAUUUCCACUACCCUGAAAUUCUUACUUUCUAUUAUUAUUAUUAUUAUUAAUUAUUAUUAUUAUUAUCUAGACUGGUCUUGAACUCUGUAUGAUGGAAGAUGACCCUGACCUCUUGCCCACCUUCCAAGUGUUCAGAUUCCAGGCACUCGCUACUACACCCUGUUUACGUGCUGGGAAUCAAACCCAGGGCCUCAUGCAUUCCAGGCAAGCCCUCUACCACCUAAGCUACAUCCCCAACCCAAAUUCUUACUUUCUGAGCAAGAGGUUAUGCAUUUUCAUUUUACACUGAGCCCCCAAAGUUAGGUAGCCAGUCCUGGAAAUGCCCCACAGAGGACGAUGGGCAACUCCAGGGCAUGUUCUGUGAUGAACCACACUCCCAGGUCUGACCACAGAGCGCCCUUGGCCCCCAGAGGUGAAACUGUAUCCUGGAAGGCGCAGGACGCCCUCAUACCCCAACUUGGGCUAUGGAAUACCUUGACUUGGAAGGGACUCCCUGCUGGUCUGAGGCCCUGGCAAAGGUGUCCUAAACCCAGGCCUCAUCCAGAAAAACUGAUCAAUAUGGAGUUGAGCAGCUAAGUGUGGGAAACUCCAGAGACACUGGGGUUCUUGGGUGCCAUGACAGAAAACAUGCCCAGUGCAGCCCUGGUGGAGCCAUGCUAACAAGUGCGGGAGGAGCCAGAAGGUGGGACAAAGAGAAGUGACUUAUUGCUCCUUGUGGGCCAGGUCAGAGGUCAGAGAGGUCCUGGGACUCAGAGUAAGCAGGCUCACCAGGCAAGCCAACACUAGGCUUUCAGCAAUAGAUCCUACUUACUCUCCCAUGGUGAGCGAGCUUAAGGGACCCACACACAAGCUAUGCCUACCUUAGGGUGGGGCUAGAAAAGAAAGUAAGGGCUCUCCCUGGCCUCAUAAGUCCAGACAAUCAAGCUUGCUUCCCUUCCCUCUGGUACUAACUCCACCAUCUAGGCCUGAGAGAGUGGAUAGGCAUGGGGCAGAAAGUAACUUCCAGAUUCUGGGUCUUCCAGCAAUUACCCCAGGACCUCCUUACUUUGUGGGAAAACCAUGCCUCAGCUGGAUUUGGCCUGUGACUGACGUUCAAAAUGCCUGAGACUCAGUCAGCUCCAAAGGACACAGAAACCCCACCCCCCAGACCCAGGAGUUUCCCUCGGCAGUUCUGCAGCUGUGUCAAGCUUAGAGUAGCUCCACUCCUCUCAAGUUAGCGACAGGAGACUCUGCAGGCAUCAGAGGUCCUGCCUCUGACCUUGGGGGACGCAUCCUGGGACCCCAUAACUGGUUCUGUGUUCCCUCCAGCUCUGUUCCCUGUUCUGCCUUUAGCCACAUCAUGAAUGGCCUGGAGGCAGCUCUCCCGAGUCUGACGGACAACUCCUCCCUGGCUUACUCUGAGCAAUGUGGACAGGAGACCCCCCUUGAGAACAUGCUUUUCGCUUGCUUCUACCUUCUGGAUUUCAUCCUAGCUUUUGUGGGCAAUUCUCUGGCCCUGUGGCUCUUCAUAUGGGACCAGAAGUCAGGGACCCCGGCCAACGUGUUCCUGAUGCACCUGGCGGUGGCCGACUUGUCCUGUGUACUGGUCCUGCCCACGAGGCUGGUUUAUCACUUCUCUGGGAAUCACUGGCCAUUUGGGGAAAUCCCAUGCCGACUCACUGGCUUCCUCUUCUACCUCAAUAUGUAUGCCAGCAUCUACUUCCUCACCUGCAUCAGCGCUGAUCGCUUCCUGGCCAUCGUGCACCCUGUCAAGUCCCUCAAGCUUCGGCGACCUCUCUAUGCCCACCUGGCCUGUGCCUUCCUGUGGGUGGUGGUUGCUGUGGCUAUGGCCCCAUUGCUGGUCAGCCCACAGACUGUGCAGACCAACCACACAGUUGUCUGCCUGCAACUGUACCGGGAGAAGGCCUCCCACCACGCCCUGGCAUCCCUGGCUGUGGCUUUCACCUUCCCCUUCAUCACCACGGUCACCUGCUACCUGCUGAUCAUUCGCAGCCUGCGCCAGGGUCCCCGCAUAGAGAAGCAUCUCAAGAACAAAGCCGUCCGCAUGAUCGCUAUGGUUCUGGCCAUCUUCCUAAUCUGUUUUGUGCCCUACCACGUCCACCGUUCCGUCUAUGUGCUUCACUACCGCGGCGGGGGGACUUCGUGCACCGCUCAGCGUGCCCUGGCCCUAGGCAACCGGAUCACCUCCUGUCUCACCAGCCUCAACGGGGCCCUGGACCCUGUCAUGUACUUCUUCGUGGCUGAGAAGUUCCGCCAUGCCUUGUGCAACUUGCUUUGCAGCAAACGGCUCACGGGCCCCCCUCCCAGCUUUGAAGGAAAGACCAACGAGAGCUCCCUAAGUGCCCGAUCCGAGCUGUGAGCCCUGAGCUGUAAGCCUCCAGGACGUCUUGUCCCUAGGCCAGCUGUCAGAGAACCAGCUCUCCACUGGGGCACAUGCUGCCAGGGCCAGCUAAAGACCUCUGUCUUCCCUCGCCACUUCCUGAGCAAACCAACUGAAAUGUCAGCAGUUUGUGCCCUGCUCCAAGGUCUUCCCUGCAAGGCCAUCCAGUCUGAGCAAAGGCAUCAAGAGGGAGGGCCAGCCAGCUAAGUACAGGAUGCCCUGCCCACCCUUCCACAGGGACUCGGUUGGCCUGCCUUAUUUACAGCUCCCAGACACCCAGUGACUUCACUGGUGCUAAAUAGAGAAGAGCCACAGAUACAUUUCUGGAACAAUGGGAAUCUUUCUUCCCCGCUAAACUGUCAGCUCCUUUCAUAUACAGAUGCCCACAGCAACAAAGCCCUACAGAAUAACCCAGAAAGCAAGCUGCCCGGGACCCAGAAAGAGAGGCAGCCCAAAUCUCAGUGGAACACGAAGGGUGUCGGAUACUUCCUUUGAAGUGCAUGGUAUAUCGUGUAUCCCUUGCCAGCCUUGGGAGAUGACCUCUGUCUGAGUUUAGGGGACACAGACUCUAUGUGAGCCACACAUGAGGACAUUUCAGACUGGUGGCCCAGCAAACGCAGCUCUGGACCCCCUCCUGCUAUAUCCAUGUUCCCACGCCUGCCUCUAGCCUGACAGUGUCUAGAGUUUCUCAGUAGAAGAUGGGCUGGUCAUGUAUAUGGCAUAGAUGGACGGCCAUUAGAGCCCGCUAGCGGCAGGAGCGCAGUGUGUGAAAUUGUCUCCGUCUCCCUCGAGCCCAGAAGGGACAUCCCCACUCCCUCCCAAGAGGCUUCUACCAGCCUCGGCUGCCUGGCUUUGAACUGUUGAACUUGUCAGCAUGUGUUGGACACUCUAAUGUAUCCCUUUUUUUUUUUUUUUGGUACUUGUUUGUAUUACUCUUAAACAUAAUCGAGCCUUAAGGUGAAGGAAAUUAUUGUACUAGUUCAACAUGGCACAUAUGUCCUCCCCUGGGAUUCUCUCCCCUUCCACCCAAGAAUGACCGAGCAAGGCAAUGCUUCCCUUUAUUGUGGUUCUGGUGGCCCAGGCAGACCUGAAGCUAUGCAUCAUGGGGCUCCACAUGCCAUUCUAGGUUAGAAGGGCUCUCGGUCUUAACCCUACAACCGCCAUCAAUAGAAAACCCUAUAUUCGUCUAUUACAUUUUGUCUUCCAAAGCAUGGGGUAGUGGCCCGUGCAUGGCUCAUUUCAGAAAGAGCACAGCCCAGACUGAUGCCCCUGAUGCCCAGCAUUGCUUCUCACCAGUACAGGUCUGUUCACCAUUGUAGUCCCUUACCAGACAGCCUGCUGAAUACAAUAUCAUACCAGCCUUUCAGAUGCCAGGACCAGCGAGAGGUCAUGUGCCUCUCCAGCGGCAUAGCAAAGGGACAAGAUCACUGUAGGCUGAGACAAAAGUGACAGACGGGCUUUGACAGAGACCCAAGUACCCAGACAGGAAGGGCAUUCUUGCGGGAAGCUGGAGGGUCUCUGGAAUGCCUUUUCUGGCACAGGGCACGCAGAAGCAGACUUGGGUCAGAGGAAGAGGAUCUUGCAGCUCUAUUUGGGUCCUGUUGUGUUAGAAUCUCAAAUGGAGAUGCCACAUAGACAGGGGCAUUGAGCAAAGGAGAGACCUGGAGGAGGCCCCUGGAUUGUCUAGAUGUGCCAUUGAGAGACCCAAAACUUCAAGGGCAGGUAUGGACGUGGGCCCAAAGAACACCCCUGUGCAGAGAGAGGAUGGAGGAAGUUAGCACAGAACAGAGGUCUCACUGGGAAAGAAGAUGGUUUAGGCAUGAGGUCCUUGCUGUGAGGCCACUGGAGGCCAAGGAGAGGACCUGAUGCCCCCCGGUCUUGACCUGAGAUAAAGAGAAGGUCAACAGCUAUGCUCAGGACUUCAGGGCACAGAGGUGUUGCUGGGAGCUCCCCCAAAGCUUUCCCACGCAGGUGGGAGAUGAGGUCAUGGCUAUAGGAAAGGUAUAGAACCCACAGUGAGGGAGGCAGGGGUGGGAAGAAAGAGCAAGGCUUCUUGGAAGGAGAACAGCCAGAAUACCAAUGAGGCUUAUGGUUCUGAAUUUGGGUAAGUUGGGCAACUUGGUUAAGGGCUGUCUGUCCAACAUCCCCCAGCCAUGUGCGUACAGGAGGGAAGGCAGACAACUAGGGUCAGCACGGUGUGGUAGCAGCAGGUGGGGUGUCAGGGGUAAUAGGGAUUUGUCAACUGAAAACUCAACAUCCGUCCAUAUCCACUCAAGACCCUUCACCCCAAAGGAACACCCCUUACCCAGAGGCAGCCCUGUCUGUCCUCCCUCUGCCGCCCCCAUCCUGAUCCUUGCCCUUGGGAUUGUGUUCUCUGUCUAGUAGGGCUAGGACAGGUCUGCAGCCAGAUCAGUACAGGGCGCUGCAGAGCCUGGAAGGUUCCUGGUACUUCGCCGGACCAUGUCUCCUAGAGUGGGGGCAAGAGACUCUCCUCUCUGCCCACAACUGCAGCAG